AUGCGCCCACUUUCCUCCGCCACCGCUGCCCGCUUCAUCUCCUCCUGCAAGACCACCGGAGCUAUUCCGCACUUCCGAACACCCUACGUACGAGCUGCUUUACCCUCCUCCUCCUCUGUGAACGCUGCUGGAAGCUUGAGCUUCGUACAGUUUCGGAAUAUGGCGACUGUGAAGAAGAUCAAGGUCAAGAACCCCGUCGUGGAGCUCGACGGGGAUGAGAUGACGCGCAUCAUCUGGCAGGACAUCAAGGACAGGUUCAUCCAUCCAUACCUGGAUGUCGAUCUCAAAUACUACGAUCUAGGUCUUGAAUACAGAGACCAGACGGAGGAUCAAGUUACCCACGAUGCUGCGGAGGCAAUCAAGAAGUACUCUGUGGGUGUAAAAUGCGCUACAAUCACACCAGACGAAGCCCGUGUGAAGGAAUUCCACCUGAAGAAGAUGUGGCUUUCUCCUAACGGCACAAUCCGAAACAUCCUUGGUGGCACUGUCUUCCGAGAACCAAUUGUGAUACCCAAAAUACCUCGCCUCGUGCCCGGUUGGAAGAAGCCCAUCAUCGUCGGACGCCAUGCCUUUGGAGACCAGUACAGGGCUAAGGACCGCGUCAUCGAUGGACCCGGUACGCUCGAGAUGACCUUCACACCAAAGGGUGGCAAGCCAGAGACCAUCAAAGUCUUCGAUUUCGGCGAGGGAGGUGGUGUAGCUCAGACCCAGUAUAACACUGCCGAGUCGAUAGCUGGAUUUGCGCACGCUAGCUUCAAGCUCGCUCUGGAUAAGAAGGUCCCCAUGUACAUGAGCACGAAGAACACCAUCCUCAAGGCGUAUGAUGGAAGAUUCAAGGACAUCUUCCAGGACAUCUACGACAACCAGUACAAGAAGGACUUUGAGGCCAACAAUAUCUGGUACGAGCACCGCCUGAUCGACGACAUGGUCGCACAAAUGAUCAAGAGCGAGGGCGGUUUCCUCAUGGCCCUCAAGAAUUACGACGGUGACGUCCAGUCCGAUAUCAUCGCCCAGGGAUACGGCUCUCUAGGUCUCAUGACCUCCGUCCUGAUUACCCCUGACGGCAAGACGUUCGAGUCGGAAGCCGCCCACGGCACAGUCACGCGCCACUACCGCGAGCACCAGAAGGGCAACGAAACCUCCACCAACCCCAUUGCCUCGAUCUUUGCCUGGACGAGAGGCCUCGCGAAGCGCGGAGAGCUAGACGAGACGCCAGACGUCGUCGCCUUUGCCGAGAGCCUCGAGCGCGCCUGCAUCGACACCGUGGACGUCGACAACAUCAUGACCAAGGACCUGGCUAUUAGCUGCGGCAAGAAGGAGCGCAAGGACUAUGUCACCACCACCCAGUACAUGGACGCCGUCGAGCGGAGGCUGAAGAAGGAGCUCAAGGAGAAACUGUAGGCGAGGCAUAGAUGGUGGGUAGAGAUACAUUCAUGACCGCUCCGCAGAAGGGAGGCAAGGGCUCUCGGAGCUAUUGUUGGAUACCAUGCAUGCAUGCUAUGUAGAAUCUAUUGGACUGUUUCGCUGUCCUCUAUGCUUUUUGAUGUACCCCUAAUGGUGAGUCUGAGACGGUGGUGUCGUCUAGGAUUCUCAAGGGAUCUAGUGACGUUGAGAGAGUGUACACGGAUGGCAUGACUGGAAUGAGAACGGACUCAUGCGUCAAACAAAAAACCUGGAACUAUGACCAAAGCAG